AUGACCAUGCAGGCGAGGAGAUCCUCCGCGGCCUACAACAAACCGUCGCCUUACUCGAGGACACACGACACCGAUAUCGAAAAACAACAUCUUAAUGCCCGUUCCCAACACCACUACCACCGCAGUGAUGAAGACUCCGAUUCCGAGUCCGAAACUGAAAUUGACGGCCCUGGUCACUCCUCGGUUUCUUAUCCGCCCGCAAGUGGCGGGAGUCUCCGACGUGGUCACUCCAGUGUGGGCUUCCGUGUUCCCCAGCGGAUUAUGCGAUGGCUCUGCUUAGCGUUAUUCAUAUCGCUUAUCGUCUUUAUCUUCACCCUCUUCCGAUUCACUAUUCGGUCCUCCGUGUCAAAAGUUGCGGUCGAGUUACCUAAGGUCGUAUCACCGAAACCGCCCACUUGGGAAGCGUUCCCUUUCCUCAAUCGCUACAAUGGCGGAAUCACAAACCUCGUCCCUCGACAUGAUAAUUCGCCUGAAUACCCUGGAAGUGGCAUUGAGGGGAUGCCGGAGCCCGAGGCAGAGGGCCGCACCGAAGACACCAACAAACAAGUAAACAAGCGGGACUUGAAACCUUCCAUGGAAAGCUCAGUAUUCAACCCGUACCCGGAUUACGCGUCGUCGGAAUACAUCAAGAAAUAUGGCGAGAAGCGCGAGUGCUUCCUGGAUAAGGAUCACACGGUUCGAAUUCCGGCUGUUCAGAGUUAUCCUGGUGUUCCCAAGGGUUUCCCAGACCCGGUGAUGGGCUCGAAUGAUAUCCUUGGUAUCCGCGACGACAUGUGCUUUGACCGAUUCGGACGUUUGGGUCCGUAUGGACUUGGAUAUGGCGCUAAGAAGGGAGGCAUUGGCGCCGGUCUGGAGGGUCAUCGCGACGGUUCGGAGCGCGUUUGGGAAGAAGUCCCUCCGGUGGACUACCGACAUGUGGAUUGGGCUGAAGCGCAAGAGCAGUGCCACAUAGCAAACCGCCAUCGCUUCAACGAGCUGCCUGAACCGCGCUUGAACCGAUUUGUUUCUAUGCCGGUGGGAAUUCACGAUGUGACCGUACAGGAGCCAGAGGAUACCCAUAAUUCGAAGCCCAAGAUCGGUUCGGAUCGCUUACCAAGAACCGCUGUGGUUAUCCGGACUUGGAACGACUUCCACUAUACCCAAGAGGACAUUAUGUACAUGCGUUCUGUGAUCUCGGAGCUCUCGUUGAUGUCUGGAGGUGAAUACACUAUUCAUUUCCUGGUUCAUGUCAAGAACAACGACCUCCAGAUCUGGUCGGAUGAUGACACCUACCAGCGCGUGCUUCACGACGCGCUGCCAGAGGAAUUCCGCGGGAUGGGAACACUCUGGUCUGAGGCGCAGAUGUCCCUGAUGUACCCUGGCCUGGAAGAGACCUUCACUCGGGGUUUGCCCGUCCACGGCGUUUACCGCAGUACUUACAUGCCCAUGCAAUACUUCGCUUACCAGCACCCGGAAUACGAUUUCUUCUGGAAUUGGGAGAUGGAUGCGCGUUACACUGGUCACUGGUACCAUCUUUUCGACAAGGUGGGUGACUGGGCGAGAGCGCAGCCUCGAAAGGGUCUCUGGGAGCGCAACUCAAGGUUUUACGUUCCAUCAGUCCACGGCUCUUGGGAAGACUUCCGCCAAAUGGUUCGCGUAAAGACCGAGAGCGGUACAAACAGCCCGAACAACAUGUGGAGUGUGGUCAAACCCGAUGGAACUGAAAAAGAUCGGGAUAUAAACGGAUUACACCAGCAGGGUGACAAGUUUAUCUGGGGUCCUGAGCGGCCCGAUGAGCCCGAUAUAUUCGAGGUGGAAGGUGAAGGUAUCCCGCCGACAACCAUGGAAAAAGAUCAAUAUCAAUGGGGUGUCGGUGAGGAUGCGGAUCUGGUUGUUUUCAACCCACUAUACGACCCCGAGGGCACGACCUGGCUUCUCCGUGACGACGUGACCGGUUAUACCAAGGAAAACGGCAUGCCUCCACGCCGGACUGCUAUUAUCACUGCCUCGCGUCUGUCGCGCAAGCUUCUCAUGACCAUGCACAAGGAGACCAGCCUCCGCCACCACAGCAUGUUCUCCGAGAUGUGGCCCGCUACCACCGCGCUCCACCACGGCUUCAAGGCUGUAUAUGUCCCACACGCUGUCUACAUCGACCGUCGCUGGCCGACCAAGUACCUUGAAACUGUCUUCAACGCCGGCCGUAACGGCGCCUCAGGUGGUGCCCGCACCUCCGUCUUCGGAGAUAGGGAACACAACUUCAAGGGCACAACUUGGUUCUACUCCGCCGGUUUUUCCCCGAAUAUCUGGCGCCGCUGGCUAGGCAUGCGCGUUGACAAUGACGGCGGCGAACAACAGGAGUUGGCUGGUGAAGGCCGCAUGUGUCUACCUCCCAUGCUUCUACAUCCUGUUAAGGAUGUACAGAUGGUGAUUGACGAUGGAGAACACGCAGAAGAUCGGUGA